AUGGAAUUAACACAAGAAGUAUUUGACAUGGAUUUUACCACUGAAGGCAGACUGGGAACGCGAUGUCUGCUGCUCUCCUUUAUUCUCCUCAUAGCCUGGGAGGCGGGGAGCGGUCAGCUCCACUACUCGGUCCCGGAGGAGACCAAACACGGCACCUUCGUGGGCCGCAUCGCACAGGACCUGGGACUGGAGUUGGUGGAGCUGGUGCCCCGUCUGUUCCGGGUGGCAUCCAAGAGCUCUGGAGACCUUCUGGAGGUAAAUCUGCAGAAUGGCAUUUUGUUUGUGAAUUCUCGGAUCGACCGGGAGGAGCUAUGCGGGCGGAGCGCGGAGUGUAGCAUCCACUUAGAGGUGAUCGUGGACAGACCGCUGCAGGUUUUUCAUGUAGAGGUGGAGGUGAAGGACAUUAACGACAACCCCCCAGUGUUCUCAAUAAAGGAACAAAGAGUGCUGAUUUAUGAAUCUAGGCUGCCAGAUUCUCUGUUUCCACUGGAGGGCGCAUCAGAUGCAGAUGUUGGAUCAAAUUCUAUCUUAAAUUAUAAACUCAGUUCUAGCGAAUACUUUGCAUUAGAUGUGAAAACAAACAGCGAUGACAAUAAACAAAUUGGACUCUUAUUGAGAAAAUCCUUGGACAGAGAGGAUGCUCCUGAACAUAAUUUACUCCUGAUAGCCACCGAUGGAGGCAAACCUGAGCUCACAGGCUCUGUUCAACUGCUGGUCACCGUGCUGGAUGUGAAUGAUAAUGCUCCUAGUUUUGAAAGAUCUGAAUAUGAAGUGAGACUAUUGGAAAACUCAGACAGAGGAACUACAGUUGUGAGACUGAAUGCUUCUGAUCGGGAUGAAGGAACGAAUGGGGCAAUUUCAUACUCUUUUAAUAGUCUUGUUCCACCCAUGGUUACUGACCAGUUUAGUUUAGAUGCAAACACUGGAGAAAUAACAAUUCAAGGGAGCUUGGAUUUUGAACAAGUAAAUGUAUACAAACUCCGCAUUGACGCGACAGACAAAGGCCACCCUCCAAUGGUGGGCCAUUGCACCGUUUUAGUGAGAGUUUUGGAUGAAAAUGAUAAUGUUCCUCAGAUUGCAAUGACGUCCUUAUCAUUGCCUGUCCGGGAGGACGCACAGUUCGGUACCGUCAUUGCCCUGAUCAGCGUGUCAGAUCGUGACUCUGGAGCCAACGGACAGGUGACCUGUUCCCUGACGCCUCAUGUCCCCUUCAAGCUGAUAUCCACUUUCAAGAACUACUACUCGCUGGUGCUGGAUAGCGCCUUGGACCGCGAGAGCACAUCUGACUAUGAGUUGGUGGUGACCGCAAGGGACGGGGGCUCGCCUUCGCUGUGGGCCACUGCCAGCUUGUUGGUGGAGGUGGCGGAUGUGAACGACAACGCGCCAGUGUUCGCGCAGCCCGAGUACACGGUGUUCGUGAAGGAGAACAACCCGCCAGGCUGCCACAUCUUCACGGUGUCCGCGCGUGACGCGGAUGCGCAGGAGAACGCGCUGGUGUCCUACUCUCUGGUGGAGCGGCGUGUGGGCGAGCGUGCGCUGUCGAGCUACGUGUCGGUGCACGCGGAGAGCGGCAAGGUGUAUGCACUGCAGCCUCUGGACCACGAAGAGCUUGAGAUGCUGCAGUUUCAGGUGAGCGCACGCGACGCCGGCGUGCCGCCCCUGGGCAGCAAUGUGACUCUGCAAGUAUUCGUGCUGGAUGAGAAUGACAACGCGCCAGCGCUGCUGGGACCUUGGAAACAAGGAGCAGGCGGCACUGUUAGCGAGCUGGUGCCACGGUCAGUUGGUGUGGGCCACGUGGUGGCGAAGGUGCGGGCGGUGGACGCUGACUCGGGGUACAAUGCGUGGCUCUCUUAUGAGCUUCUGCAGGCUGCGAGUGUUGGGAGCAGCCCAUUCCGGGUAGGGCUGUACACUGGUGAGAUCAGCACCACUCGCACCCUGGAUGAGAUGGACACGCCACGCCAGGGGCUACUGGUGUUGGUGAAGGACCAUGGCGAGCCCACUCUGACCGCCACAGCCACAAUAUUGGUGUCUCUGGUGGAGAGCGGCCAGGCACCAAAGGCCUCCUCUUUGGCGUCAGUUGGCGUCGCGAGCCAAGAGGCAUUGCUUGUGGAUGUCAACGUGUACCUGAUAAUCGCCAUUUGCGCUGUGUCCAGCCUGUUAGUGCUCACACUGCUGCUGUACACAGCACUGAGGUGCACAGCUACACCCACCAAGGGCACGUGCAUUUCUGGGAAACCCACGCUAAUGUGUUCCAGCGCUGUGGGGAGCUGGUCUUACUCGCAGCAGAGGAGGCAGAGGUGUGUUCUGGAGAAGUCCCGCCCAAAACCGACCUCAUGGCUUUCAGCCCCAGCCUUCCACCUUGUCCAGUUGGGGCGAACACAGGUGACAGUCAUGAUUUAAAUGAAGAUCAUAAUUCCAGACCACGACAGCCCAACCCUGACUGGCGUUACUCUGCCUCCCUGAGAGCUGGCAUGCACAGCUCUGUGCACCUGGAGGAGGCUGGCAUUCUACG